GAGCAGAAUUUGCAGUGUAAAGUCAUUUCCGGACUCACAUGACGGUCAAGGGGUGUUCAAAGCUCGCCUGUUCAAAAAUGCUGCCGUUAUUCCAUUGUGUUGUUUUGCUAGCAGCCGCCUUCCACAGCACAACGACCGCCUUCUCAGGAAGCAAAAAGUGUGUUUCCAGAAGCUUCGGCCAUGACUCUGUGGUGUGUGAGUGUAAUUCCACGUACUGUGACACCCUGGGCUCCGUGUCGCCGCCACCGCCGGGUCACUACAUCUCCUACCUGAGCAGCAGGGACGGCAGCCGGCUAGAGGCAAGCCAAGGACCCGUCAGGCUCAACAGCACUGGAGCUGGUGGCCUGAGACUGACCCUCCUUCCGGAUAAGAAGUACCAGAAGAUAAAAGGAUUUGGUGGAGCUCUGACGGAUUCAGCAGCCAUGAACAUCCUCUCGCUUUCUGCUGGAGCACAAGACCAACUCCUGAGACAGUACUUCUCUCCAGAAGGUAUCGGCUACAACGUUGUACGCGUUCCCAUGGCUAGCUGUGACUUCUCCACUCGUCUCUACACCUACGCUGACACCCGGGGGGACUACAACCUGGACAACUUUACACUGGCCCCCGAGGACGUCAACAUGAAGAUCCCCCUCCUGCAUCGUGCCCAGGCCAUGUCUCCCCACCCCUUGUCUCUGCUGGCCAGCGCCUGGAGCGCCCCCUCCUGGUUAAAAACAAAUGAUGCGCUGAUAGGAAAGGGUUCCUUGAAGGGAGAACCCGGUGGGAAGGAGCAUAGAACCUGGGCUCGGUACUACGUCAGGUUCCUUGAGGAAUAUUCCAAGUAUAAUUUGACCUUCUGGGCCGUGACCACCGGGAAUGAACCCACAGCGGGAUCCAUGACCAACUACAGUUUCCAGGCUUUGGGCUUCACUGCCGAGGAGCAGAGGGACUGGGUGGCCUUGGACCUGGGCCCCGCCCUCCACGCGUCGUCGUUCUCCCGCACCCACGUCCUCUUGCUGGAUGACAACCGUCUGCUGCUGCCUUACUGGGCCAAAGUGGUCUUGGGCGAUAUCCAGGCAGGACGCUACAUCCACGGCGUGGCGGUCCACUGGUACAUGGACAGCCUGGUCCCCGCCGCUCCCUCCCUGGCGGCCACCCAUGACCUGUACCCCGAGUACUACCUGUUUGGCACGGAGGCGUGUGCGGGCUGGCACCCGCUGGACCGAGGGGUGAAGCUGGGGAGCUGGGAACGGGCGGAAGACUACGCUCACGACAUCUUAGACGACCUAAACCAUCACAUGACCGGCUGGACCGACUGGAACCUGGCGCUAGACCAGACGGGCGGCCCCAACUGGGUGAAGAACUUCGUGGACAGCCCCGUCAUCGUGGACGCCCGGCGUGACGUCUUCUACAAGCAGCCCACUUUUUACAGCGUGGCGCACUUCAGUAAGUUCCUGUGGGAGGGGUCUCAGAGAGUGGGCGUGUCCCCCAGCGGAGAGACGCCGCUGAACUUCACUGCCUUCCUUCGACCCGACGGCUCGGUCGUGCUCGUCAUCCUCAACAGGUCCUCCUCCGCCAUCCGGUUUGAAGUGUGGGACCAGACUGUGGGCUUCAUCCCGUCCACUGCCCCACCGCGCUCCCUACUCACGCUAGUCUGGUCCACUCGGGGAUGAAAGCGUUCAUGUUGUUACUGAAAGACAAGGUAAGCCUGAACGCAUCACUCGUCGGGAUUCCUUCCAAAAAUCGUGGAAAUCCUUCCUUCUCUCAUUGGGGGGUAAUUUGGGGGGUAAUUUAUAAAGUUGGAAUUUAUUAAAAAAGACACAGAUAAUAAUCGGGAUAAAGAUACUUUUUAUUAAUAUAUAUAAAAAGUUGGAAAUUUGUUGAAAGUUGAAAAGUUGGGAAUGUAAAAGUGGUAAUAUGAGAAUAAUUUAUAUUUAAUUAUUUUAAUCAUUUAUUUCCAUUCAUAAUAUAUUUAGAAUUAAUUAUGUAUAUUAACAUAUUUCAAACUUUAAAAAGAUGGAAUGUUCUGGAAAAUGAUUUCGGAAGAAAAGUUUGAAAGAAAAAAGGAUGGAAUGUUGUGACGAUAGCAUUUCUGUCGUAUGGAAAAAAAAAGUCCUGAAAAUGAAAAAAAUGUCAUUUUUUUUUAGGAAAAGUGGAAUGUUAUGAGAAUAACAUUGGUAUUUUGUGAGAAAAAUCUGCAUAAAAUUGCAGUUUUGUAAGGAAAAAAUGGAAUAUUAUGAGAAUGGAAUUUCUGUCUAGUAAGAAAAAGUCAUGAAAUAAGGAUAAAUUGAUACUAUGACAAGAAAAAUGAUGGAAUGUUAUGACAAUAGCAUUUUUAUAUUGUAUGAAAAUGAAAUUAUUUUCUAAAGAAAUUGAAUGUUGUAAGAAUGAAACUGUAACCUAGUAAGAAUAAUCCUGUAGUAUUACUAGAGAGAGAGAGUGCAAUGAUUUUGUAAGAAAAAAUUAAUAAAAACUAAUUUUGUAAGAAGAAAUAUGUAAUGUUUUGAGAAUCAAACUGCUAGCAGUUCAUAGCUAAUAUGGUAUUCUCACACAGGCGCACCAUCUAGUGGCUGAAAUAGGUCAUGACACGCUCAUUGAAUAAUUGAAAGCCAGAAUAAAACCAUUUUUUUUGGUCAUUUUAUUAAUACAUCAUAGACAUUUUUUUUUCAUUUAUAUAAUAUACAACUCGUUAAUUAAGCACAUAUUUCACAUUUGCGUCUCCAUUCUCAAUGUGUUUUUUUUCCUUUGUUUUGACUACAAUUAUUUACAUUUAAAAAACAAAAGGAUGAUAAAAAUAUGAAAGUCAGACAGACAGUCAAACACGGACGGGGAUUAAAUGACACGGGGAUGACCUCGGAUUAUUAGAAUAUAUACACCAGGGGGGGUGUGUGGGUGGGGUGGGGGCGGGGGCUUUAGGAGGCGCUCCAAGCGUGUGAUAUUUCCGUUUAGGAAACGUUAGAAUAGCAACUUAAUGUGAGAAACUCCCACUUAAUAGGAAUCUCUGCAAAACAGUCACGUGGCAUGACCCCCCCUCCCCAGCCCCCAAAAAAGCGCCUGCAGGGACCGGCUAUGUUUCUAUUGGUCAAAAAGGACAGCAGCUGACCUGAAAAGGGAGGAUUUAAGAAGAGAGCGCGUGUGUUUAUGGAGGACAGAAAAUAAAGACAAACGGGAUCCAACAUGAUCAUGACGACAACGUAGAAGCGCCAGAAGCGUCUCAGAAGGACCAUCUCUCCUGUGUGCGGGGGUCCAUGGAGAGGGAGGGCGGCUGUGACGGGGGCUGGCUGCUGCUGUCUUCUCCGUUCAAACUUUUCCGACACACUGGACACGUGUCGUGCUAACAACAACAACAAGUGUCAGUGUUGCGUUGACAAUGGCGGCCUGUGCGGCGCCGACUCACCAUCUCCAGCCAGGGAACUAUACAGUCCGAAUGGAAGACGUGGUUGCAGGGGAGCUGUCGCACGGCUUCGCCCACCUCGAAGUCCUCUUUGCACACGGGACAUUCCAUGCAACAGUCUGCAAAGGCGGACGGGACGCGUCAAGUCCACAUGGAAUUAUGUUGUUUAUUCGCCAAAAUCCUCAUUCAUCAUGGAGGCAAAAUAGGAUGCACUACUUGGCUGCAGCCAGCAGAGGCGCUGUUGAUUCCGUCUCAACUCGUUUGCCGUCUAAAUUUCAGUAUGGAACAUGUUUUUUUAAACAAUGUACUGAAAUUAAAAUUAAUUAAUUAAUAUUAAAAAAAUUAAUACAAAUAUUUAAAUAAAUUUACCAUUAAAUAUUAAAAUAUUUUUAUUUAUUUAUUAUAAUUUACAUUAAUAAAUAAUUAAAAACAUGACAAGAAAAAUAACAUUUUGUUCAACAAGAAAUUGCAUAUUACCAGUAA